UCCCUUCAGGAUACAUUGUGAGGGGGAAAAUGAGCAGAGGACACAUAGAGCAGGACCAGAUGUUGAAAGAGGAAGGAGUCAGAAUCCACUACCUGAGGCCUAGCUGAUGCUCGCUCACAAACCAUUCUGUUUCCUAAGAUGGUGAACGUCAAUAUGAGCUAUGUGACAGCAAAAGCCUGCAAGUGUCGCAAUGUUUAUGGUGCCAACAUAGCAUGUCCACAACUUCCUAACCUGUACGUCUUUGGAAUGCGGGAGGAAACCGGAGCACCCGGAGGAAACCCAUGCAGACAUUUGAAGAGUUGGCUUGAGGUGAUGGGCAGUUCUGGUCGUCGACUGACCAUGCUGCAUCAGAACCGAACUGCGUUUGAGGAGGCGAUACUGACUAACCUGGAGAAACCCAGCCACCCAAAGAGCCUUGAGUGGACGGUGGUGGAACCAUCCAGUAACCCCUCAACCCCUGAUCGGACACUGCCCGUCUACUUGUCCUACUUCGAUAUGUUGCUAACUGAAGACUGUGCGUGGCUAUCUAAGGGGUUGGUGGAGCGUCCAGAAGUUGACCACAACUUGAAGACUGAGCAACACAAAGAGCCGGAACAAUGUCCCAUAGUGGACAGUCAGGAGCUCUGUGUGUCCACAGAGCUGGACUAUCAGAACGGUGUCCACGUAGAAGAAAGAUCCUUAGAACAAGUACAGACGAUGGUGGUUGGGGAAGUUCUCAAGGAGAUAGAAACAGCCUGUAAGCUACUAAACAUUGCAGCAGACCCAAUGGAGUGGAGUGCAGGGAAUGUCCAGAAGUGGAUUUUAUGGACUGAACAUCAGUACCGACUGCCACAGAUUGGAAAAUCCUUCCAGGAUCUCAGUGGGAAGGACCUUUGCUCCAUGUUGGAAGAGGAGUUCAGGCAGAGAUCUCCGAUGUGUGGAGAUAUUUUAUACGCACACCUAGACAUCUGGAAAUCUGCUGCUUGGAUGAAAGAGAAGUCGUCUCCUGGAGAUAACAGAUAUCAUGGUAACAUGCUCCUCUCAACUGCUGAACAUUCCAUCUGCAGUGAUGAGGGAUGGAUGGACACAGAAGCAGAUUCCUCCUGCUCGGGACAACCUAUUCACCUGUGGCAAUUUCUGAAGGAACUCUUGCUGAAACCCCACAACUAUGGUCGAUUCAUCCGCUGGCUGAACAAAGAGAAAGGUAUAUUUAAGAUUGAAGACUCUGCACAAGUUGCGAGAUUAUGGGGAAUCCGGAAGAACCGACCUGCAAUGAACUAUGACAAGCUAAGCCGUUCCAUCCGGCAAUAUUAUAAAAAGGGCAUCAUCCGGAAGCCCGAUGUCUCACAACGUUUGGUGUACCAGUUUGUGCAUCCCGUAUGAGGGAAGGAACGGACAUUUCAGAGCACUGAGUGGUUUUCACAUCCUACACUGGGUGACUUCAAGUGAAUGCCUGAACAUUGAAGGCCCGAAGCCUGCCUAAUGUUUCAGGAUGUGACUUACAUACAAAACUUCCUGCCUGCUCUGCCUGUAUUUGUAUUUGCAUCUAACAAACUUUUUUCAGGUUGGUUUUCACUUUGUUUCGGUAAUAGAAACAUUUUUCGGUAGUCACCAAGUUGGGCUCACUGUAUGUGACACUCAAUGGCCCAUCAAAAUCUGAAGUCACAUGAUCACAACCAAAUCUUAUUUUUCUUUAACUUACUUACAUAUCAUACUAAUGAUUGGAAGACAGUAACCCAAUUAACAUUUCAGUAGUCCAAGUAGUGUUUCAGUAGUUUGGGGCAGCACCAUGACUUUGAAGUUUGCUUAUGGUUUUAUUUCCACCUUUUCUAGUAUAGCACAAUUUUUAACAUACAUUCAGUUAUGAAGACUUUGAUCCAUUUUAUUGGUCCACCUUCAGACUGAGCACUUGGGAUCCAGUAGAUAGUAUCUGACAUGGGCAUUGGAGACAGUCAAGGAAGCAAAUGGAUAGAGAUCUAUCCUCACAAGAGUCUUCAAAAGUGUACUGGCAACAAAAAUAUUUUAUUAACACAGGCAAAUUUCUAUGAUUCAGUGCAAUGAAAAUAGUUCAUUAUAUUUAUGUAUAUUAUUUCCUUUCCCCCCCUCUCUCUCUAUUGAUGAGAGUGAGCAGCAAUGAGUGUUGCAAAUUUGUAGUGUUUGGAAUUAAAACCAAAGUUUAAACCAACAAAAUAUUUUGUCUAGUACAUUUGAAGCAUUAAUAUUUUAUCCAACUUCAGUCUGAGUGACAGAAGCCUGGGGAUAUCCAAAGUGUCUUCUAAAUCUGAGGAGAAAAUAGUAACUUUGCGAAGAGUUCUAAACUCUGACUGAUACAUACCUUUCCUGUCAUCUAGCAGGACAUAGAGCUAUAUCAGGUGUACAGCACACAGACAAACUGUUCAUCUCAGUUGGUCUAUAUUGUUCCACACAAGCCCAUUCCCAAUUCACUUCAUCUAAGUCUGUUCCAUUUUACCCCAUGUGCUUAUCUUUACCUCCACUAUCUCAGUUGCUCAAAUUCACACCAUUUUGCAUAAGGAAAUUUCUACUGAAUUUGCUAUUAGAUCCUCCAAUCAUCAGAGGAUAUUAUAUCCAUUAUAACAUCUACUUUUGGACUACCUCCACAUGUGGAAACAGCUUUGAACUUUACUAGGUUUGGACCUGAUCCCUGCAGAACACAUUAAUUCCUAAAUUCUACUGUCGGUAUGAUGCUUGAUGAUAACUUGUAUUUUUGCAAAAUGGGUACAACAUAAAUCUGAUCCAAUGGUAUUUGCAAGUGAUGUUUGUUGUACCCUCCCAAAUCUUCACUCAGCCACCCAUCUCCAUAGAUUAUUGUCAAGCCAGUGUAAGGGAGCUGAUACAGUUAAAACAUUAAUGGUGAAUGUUUCUACCGAAUAACAAUGGGGUCAUCAGGACCCAGGGAAGUGGUACAUUUAAGUACUUCCAUUAUUUACAGUUGGAGAUUAAACCAUUAGAGUAAACUGCGUCCACAACUGAAUCACCAAACACUUGUUGAAUUUUAGCCUGAAACUUAGUCAUCAAUUGAAAUCUUUCAGCUGUUGGCUGAAUGGUUCACUUUCCUCUUCACUUUAAAACAAGGACAUAGACUACCUUUGGCUGUAUCAGUCAAUUAAGCAGAGUCUUACAAAUUAUUCUGAACAAGGUAUACAUUAAUCUUGAAAAUGUUUGAUUUUAACCUGUGUUCUGGUUUUAAUAAUAUGCCCUCUAGAUGGGUCAAGUGUUAAACCUUGUUAACAAACCACCCUGAGUUAAUGGCAGAAACUGAUUAAUAGAGAAUUUGAAAGUGCCAUACUGUCUAUAUUGUAAAUUAAAUUGUCAUAACCAUCUUAGAAAAACUUGUCACACUUCAACAGUAUCUGUUCAUUGGUCACGGCAAUCAGGUUCUAUCAAAGGGAUCUAACAACUGAAUCCUUGCCAUGUUAAACAAUCCAGAGACAACUUUUUUUACA